CGCCGCGGCGCACUGCUGUGAUCGUCAGUCAACUCUGUACGCGCGUGCUUGCGAGUUGGUGGCUUUUGGGCGCAACAGGCCGAUGAACAACCUCACGGAUAAGAUGGUGAGCGAAGCGGCGGCGUGGUUGACCACCGAGUCGCCGUUGACGCCAGAAGAGGAGGACACGAUCGUCACGCUCGUGAUCGUGGUGGUGGCCGUGCUGGCGGCGAUCGUUCUGCUGUUCUCCAUGGGCGUGUUCAUCGACUGUCGGACACAGAAAACAAUGGACGAGAAGGCUAACCGCAAGCGUCUGCGCUUGAAAAUGCCACCACUAGGUCGAGCGCACAAGCAGCGUUUGGGUAUGCGCCGGGAGGACUCCAAAUGUUUGGCCGCGGACAUGUGCCCGAACGGUUCGAGUGACGCAGCGCUGCCAACGACAUCCAACAGCCUCGAAGCCGUGGUCUGAGACACGUCGAUGAAACGUGCAACGACUUCGAUUCGACUAGGCUUUACGUGCAACUCGUUGCAUACGACGACUCUUUGAUUUCGCAUGCAUGACGGACUUAAGUGUGCAACUGGGACGGAAGGGUGAAUCUUCAUUUUUGGUUUUCUGUAUUGUACAUAUACGGUAUGCGAUUAUCUAUUGUAAUAUAUACGAGACUGCGAUAAGUUUGCGUGCAAGAAAAGUCGGUAUGUUUGAGAGGAUGUGCUUCAGUAUUAUGUUGUAUACUGCGGCAGAAAACAAGCGGAAUUGAGUCUCUGAGAUUGUGCAUUUGUUGUGCAUAACUUCCAAUAAGUAUUGUAAAUAAGAGAAUAAGAUUUUUACGAUAGAUCGUAAAAUUGUCAUUGCGCAGUCAUUCCUCAACUUAAUAUAUCUAAAAUGCUCAACUACUUAAGAAGAUAAGUCAAUUGUUUGUAUAAACAUACGUGAGACUGUUAAUUUUUUGCAUGUCCAACAACCGAUUGUUGAUGUAAUUAAGUGCCUAUUUAAUAUUUGUUAGAUAUAAAUUAUAGAACUAUACUAACUAUAUAUCUAUUUUGUAAAGAAUGGAAUCUCGAAGA